GGGAUUCCCUUUAUUUUAUAUACUUUUGGCCGGCUCGUUAUAACUUAUGCCAUGUGUUUUGAGUUUCCAUUACUAGCCAACUCUCUCUUUCUUUAUUUUUUUGUUUGUUUUGUUUUUUGUUUUUUUGUUUCCAAUUCCUUAAACAAAUGCCCAUUUUUUUACUAGCAAAUCAAAAACUUGAAUAUCAAGAAUAAGAAAGAAAGAGGAAAAAAGCAGGGCAAAACACAAAGCUUAGAAAAUAACAACCCAAAUAUACAACAAUGAGGCUAUGGAGAAAAGCUUCCGGUUUACUCAAAGAUCAAAAUAGCAUAUGGCUAGCUAGCCUAUCAAGACGAACAUCAUUUCGAAAUCCAGAAAUGGAAGUUGCAAUAAUCAAAGCCACCAGCCACGACGAAUAUUCAAUCGAUAUGAAAAACGUUGAUCGUGUUUAUAAGUGGUUACGUUUAUCUCCUAGCCACCUAAAAUCUCUCAUAUGGUCAAUUUCGUUACGUAUGGAAAAAACGAGGAGUUGGGUUGUUGCAAUCAAAGGAUUAAUGCUCAUGCAUGGGGUCUAUAGUUCAAAAAUCCCCGCAAUUCAAAGGAUUGGAAGGUUACCAUUCGAUCUCUGGAAUUUCGAAGAUGGCCACUUGGAUCCUUCCAAGAUUUGGGGAAUAAACGCGUUCAUUCGUGCUUAUUUCACCUAUCUUGACCAAAAAUCCUCCCUUCUUUUUAUGAAUUUGCAAGAAAGAAGGAACUUGCAAAACUUGGAACACGUCAACAACGACAACAACAAUAAUAAUAAUAAUAAUAAUUAUACUAUUGUUGUUGGUGAAGGACGAUAUUCGAUGAUUCAAGAUCUUGUCCUACUUCAAAAAUUGCAAUUUUUGCUCGAUAUGUUGCUCGAAACUAGGCCAUUAUGUGAUACGGCUGUUGUCCCUCUUGUUCUUGAAGCUAUGGAUUGUGUCAUGAUCGAAGUCUUCGACGUUUACAGCAGAAUUUGCAACGGAGUUGCUAGAAUUCUGUUACGGAUUUAUUCUGCUGGAAAAGUCGAAGCUAGCAUGGCACUUAGGAUCGUGCAAAAAGCAAAGAUCCAAGGUGAAGAAUUGUCAUUUUAUUUCGAGCUAUGUCGAAGUAUUGGGGUGAAAAAUGCAAUAGAGUGUCCAAGAAUCGAGCAAAUCCCUGAUGAAGAUAUCAAAGAACUCGAAGAAAUUAUCAACGGGGUUUCUGAAAAAGACGCGCAAUUGUGUAAAACCAUUGUGGUGCAUGAAAAAACUAGUGAUCAAAAUCUCGAAAAGCAGACGAAAUUGAGGACAGUGAUUACUGAUGAUUGGGAGAAGUUUGAUGAAGAUUUGAUGCAAAAUGAUGGAGUACUAAUUAAAGUUGCACCAAAUUCAAUUAAUCCUUUUGAAACUUGUACAAAUAAUGUACCUAGUAAACCUCAAGAGUUACCAGAUCUAAUUAGCUUCUUAUAGCAAUGAUGACUGUAUGUGGAAACUUUCAGAUGCAUUGGUGACACAAAUCUUAAGAUAUGGAAAAAGAGAAAAAGGAAACAUUAUUUACAUAUUUGUAUCACUAUAGAUAUUAGUUAAAGGAAUUCUUCUACAUGUUUGAGUCAUUUAAAAGCACUGCUACACACAAGAGCUACGAUUUUCACUUCUUUUGAGCCGAGUUUAUCGGAAACAGCCUCUGUACUACCUCACAAAGGUAGGGUAAAAUAUGCGUACAUCUUACCAUGCA